UUUAAAUACUCGUCUAGCUACAAUCCCACUAACUACGUACACCAUACAAACUACAAUGAAAACUCUCUCGCUCAUCCUCCUCCUCGCCGUAGUUCUUUACUCCGGUAUCCUUAGCACCACCACCACCGCCCAGAACUGUGGCUGUGCUCCGGGAUUAUGCUGUAGCCGAUUUGGUUUCUGCGGCAGUGACGAGGCAUACUGUGGCACCGGCUGCCAAGAAGGGCCGUGCUUUGGGCCUCCUCCGACGAAUGAUGUGUCGGUUGCUAAUAUCGUGACAGAUGCGUUCUUUGAUGGAAUCGUGGAUCAAUCAGACGCAAGUUGUGAAGGAAGAGCGUUUUAUACACGCGCCGCUUUUCUUGAAGCUGUUGGAAAUUAUCCGCAAUUUGGUAGAGUAGGUUCAGAAGAAGAUUCCAGACGGGAGAUAGCAGCUUUCUUCGCUCAUGUCACCCAUGAAACCGGACAUUUUUGCUACAUCGAAGAAAUAAAUGGUCCUUCAAGGGAUUAUUGCGACGAAAGUAAUACUCAAUACCCAUGUAACCCUAGCAAGGGUUACUAUGGGAGAGGUCCGAUUCAACUCUCAUGGAACUAUAACUACGGUCCAGCAGGGAGGAGCAUUGGUUUCGAUGGACUAAACAAUCCUGAAACUGUGGCCACAGAUCCUGUCAUUGCCUUUCGAACUGCAUUGUGGUUUUGGAUGAACAACGUUCAAUCUAUCUUAGUUUCUGGCCAAGGGUUUGGAGCCACUAUUCGAGCCAUUAAUGGAAUGGAAUGUGAUGGUGGGAAUCCGGACACUGUAAGUUCUCGUGUCCGGUAUUAUACUCAGUAUUGUGAUCAACUUGGUGUUGCACCAGGUGAUAACCUUCGGUGUUAGAUUAUUUGACAUUGUUUUUUCUUUCUUUAGAUAUCAUAUAUAUCUAACACGAAGUAGCGUUAUUGAGUUAGAUAUUUGAUAUGGGCAUCUGUAUUUGUUUUUGUAUCUCAUUUUGUUUAAAAUGUGACGGUUGUGAUUAUAUAUGUAUUUGUUGGAGGU